UGUAGUGGAUCUUCCCGUCACGUCCAGAGCGGAGGAGAGCAACCAUGGAGAAGAUAACAUCAUUAGUGACCAUGGUUUGAUGACAAUGGUGUAAGUUCUUUUAUUCUGUUUCACACCAUCUAGCCGGCAUACAGGAGCCCGUAGCCAUGGAAUCACCGUCGGGGGAGGACGAAGACGGGCGGCCGCGCAGGCUCUCGACGGACCAGAUGAACGAAGACAUGGAUCGGAUGUUUGAGGAUGCCGGGACCCAGGAGGACUUUUCCCUGAGUCAGCUGUCCUCCCCCGCCGCCGUCUCCAGCCCUUGGUCCCCCGGCUACGGCGACGACUCACAGCUCCGUGGCUCCGAUGACCUGCGGAUCCACGAUAGCGACAUCAAGUUUCAUCGCAGCGACACCUUCCCCCAUGUCCACCACCCCCUCAAGCCCCAAGGGUACAGGCAGGGCAGUCGCCGAGGCAGCCGCAGAACUCACCGCACCUCCGAGUCUCAGUCUUCGGACAAAGAAGAGAGGGAGCAUAAGGACACCAAGAAGGAGGAGGAGAAGGCUGUGAAGGUCAAGCAGGAGGAGAAGCCCAAGAAGGGGAAGGAUGGCGCCGUCAUCUUUGAAAUCGGCGACCAGGAGUUGGACGAUGAGUGGCUGGAAAAGAGUGUGUCGCGCAGUGAGCCUCGCAAGGACUCCACCGCUGACUCCGACGUCGAGGAACAGUCUCCGCUGCUGGCCGAUGAUGCCAAGCCUAAGUCCAUAAUUCGCGGCGCCGAGCAUGAGGUCCCCGACAUUGAUGACUCAGGUCGAAAGAAGACGAGGGUGCAGUUUGACGUUGACGUGAUCACUGUGAUAUACAAAAGGUACUCAGGUGACGAGGACCAGCCAGACCUUGAGCACCGGACCCGCAAAAGGCGCUCGUACAAGAACAGGCGACAUAACACAGCCGAGGACCCAGCCUGGCGGCGUCACCUUGGCAGCGAGCACAACCUGCAGUCCUUCCUGGCCACCACUUCCACCCCCACCACCGAGGAGGAGGCCAUGAACCUUGCCGAGCACGACCUGGAUGUCAUGACCAGUCACAGGUUUGAAGACCCCAGUGCCUACCGUCGGCCUAAGGUUCGGGCUCGCUCCUCCGUUGCUUCCAUCAUCCACGUGAGCGCCAGCGAGGAGAAGUCCGAGAUCAGGAAGGCCAAAUCUGACCGCCAGCUGCCCAUUAUGAACAUGAAGAAGAGCUAUGACCACACGCCACAUGAGGUGUUUGUGGAGUUGGACGAGCUGAAGUACACGGAGGCGGGGCUGCAGUGGAAGGAGACGGCACGCUGGAUCAAGUACGAGGAGGACGUGGAAUCCGUGGACAACCGCUGGGGGAAGCCGCACUUGGCCUUCCUCAACUUCCACGCUCUCUUCUCCCUGCGCCGAGGACUGGAAGCAGGUCAGUGGAGGGGGACUUUUUCUUUGUUUCUCGCCUCUUAACAAUUAAGUUUACAU